UUCUCCCUCCCCACCCCCCUUUGUAUCCUUUGUUCUUCUUCAGAUUCUCAACUAAAGUCACACUCCCCCCUUCCCCUUCCUCCACUCCCCCUCCACCUCUACUCUUCUUUCUCCCCUGGGAAAGGAGAUCCUAAGGUUGGGGGUGACUACUUGAGGGCUGGAGAAGGGGAAGGUGUGCACUAGCGCAUCUCUUCUUGGUGCUUGUUGAUGGAAAAACUGCUGUCCGAAGUGACUAAACCCCUCCAGACGUGCUUGUGGUGGUGGUGAAGAAAUGUCUGAUGACGAUUCUGAUGAACUUGAGGAGGAGGAGAACUUGUUUCGUCUCGGGGAGUAUGAAGGAGAACGCAAUGAGGCAGGUGAACGACAUGGAUUUGGGAAAGCAAUAUUGCCCAAUGGGGAUAAGUAUGAAGGACAAUAUGAAUAUGGCAAAAGACAUGGUCAGGGGAUCUACAAAUUUAAGAAUGGUUGUCAAUACAUUGGACAAUAUCAAGAAAAUAAAAAACAUGGUCAUGGCGUUUUUUUCUAUGCAGAUGGAUCAAAAUAUGAAGGAAACUGGGUAAACGAUGAAAGGCAAGGCUUUGGAGUAUAUAAGUAUGCAAAUCAGGAUACAUAUAAAGGACAGUGGUUUGCUGGCCAAAGGCAUGGGAGAGGAACUUACUACUAUGCUGAGACUGGCUCAAAGUAUGUUGGUACUUGGAUAUAUGGACAACAACAGGGAACAGGAGAACUCAUUCACCAAAAGCACAGAUACCAGGGCAAGUUCAUGGGAAAAAAUCCAGUGGGCCCUGGAAAGUAUAUUUUUGAUAUUGGAUGUGAGCAGCAUGGUGAAUAUGAAUUUAAACCAAAGGGAGAAGUGGGAGAAGGAGAGGACGAAGAAAUUGCAAAACCUCUUGAUCCACGGUGGAAAGCUAAAAACAUUACUCCAUUAACCUUCUACAUACCACCUCUUUAUGAAGUACCACUACCAACAGAACCCCAAACAUCUGAAGCUAGUGAAAAUGUUCCUCUUACUAAUGAAGGAAAAGCUACUAAAGAAAAUAAAGCGAGAGAAGAUCAAGAAGCCCUUAAUAAUGAAGACAGUAAGAAAGAUGAGUAAGAGAAAAAAGAAAGACAAUGAAAAUCACCAACUUAAAAUUGAAUGAACCAACAGAAAAGGAGAUUGCAUGGCAGGUUUUUAACAUUACAAUAAUCUUACUUUACAUAGUUUGCUAAAUUAAAUUAAGCUAAUAAACAUGAUCAGUUGUUUUAGAAAUCCAUUAUUGCACAUCCUUUAAACCAAAAAGCUUUAGAUUAUGGUAUAAUGGAUCUAGUAGCAAACUUGGAAUCAGGAAGAUGUGAGUUGAAAUCCAGUCCUUUAACUUCACAGUGAGUGUACUAUACUUUCUGGGAUUCCUUGCCUAAAUCUCACUUGCCAGGUCAACAGAAGGCACCUCACUUCUACAAGUCAUUGUUUUAGUAGUAAUAGUAAGUAACCUUGAGGUUCUGAGUUUUUCUGAUAUUUAUGAGUUCUCAAGAACUUCUUGUUCAUUAUUAACCAAACUUAAUUAGGGCAAUUUUAAAAGACAUUUGCUAAGCACAUAUCGCAAGAACAGUUAUAGAAACAAUUUCCCCUUUUCCAACCUGAAGGAACACUCGCCCUUUGCACACAAAAAGUCUCUGGAGAGGUAGGUCCAAAAUAUAAAACACAAAGACAGCAGGGCACAUAUGCAAUCACAAAGUAAAUGGAGUACUGGGCUUGGAUUCAAGAAGAUCUGGAUUCAGACCCUACCACAAACCCUUAUUAGAUGUAUGAUCCUACUUAAUAUUCACUUAAAAUAACUUAAAAUUCUCUCUUUGUUCCCACACUAUAAACUAGAGAUAAUAGAACUCUAGAAUUGUUGUGAAGACAAAUUAGGAUAUUUGUAAAGCACUGUAUAAGUUUAAAGAUGUAUAGAAAUGUAACAAAGGGGCAAAAAUGAGCUAGUAAAUAUUAAUAACUAGCUGGGGUGGGGACACAAAUACUGCACAUUUUUAAGUUUAAUCCACAUUAUCAACAUUUUCUCUAU